AUGGAUCCAAACCCGAAAAUCCACCCGAUUCUCUCUUACGUCAUGUCCCGACUCCCCUCUCUCGGACCCAAACCUCCUGAACCCUCCUUCGACAUCGAGCAACCACCACAGCCAUCACAACAGCCACUACAACAGCCACCAUUUCCCCAGUUAACCGACCCAGCCCUCCUCUCUUCAAUGAGACACGCUGUCGGCGAUGUAGGCCAAACCCGAUCGGUACUCCAAACCCUAGGCCCCCGACCCGAUCACGAAACCGUGGACACGGCGAAACUCAAACUCAUUGAAAUCGAGACCAAUUUGUCGAGACAAUUGGAGGAUCUUGUGCUUUCUCCGCGGCCGAGUGAGAUUGAUAGAUUGGAGUGGAGGGCACAUUUGGCUGAGAGAGAGAAGAAGAUUCGAGAAGAUGCGGAGAAAGAGAGAGGGUUUUAUAAAAUGGUGUUGCAAUUGGAUGAAAUGCAUGAGGAUUAUGAGAAGUUGUUGAAGGAAGCGGAGGAAAAGUUGGUGAAAAUUUAUAAGAAGGCGGAGCGAGGGGGUGAGGAAGAAGAGGAGGAGCGAGUGGAGGUGGAGGAGGAGGUGAGUGAGGAGGUUGUGGGAGUGUUGAGAGAAGGGAGUGCCAAAGGGCUGGAAAGAGUGGAUUUGUCGAAUCGGAGGCUGAGGUUCUUACCUGAGGCUUUUGGGAGGUUUGUGGGAUUGAAAGUGCUGAAUCUUUCCAAUAAUCAACUUGAGGUCAUUCCUGAUUCAAUAGCUGGGUUAGAAAUUCUUGAGGAGCUCAAUCUUGCUUCAAAUCUCUUAGAAGCACUGCCAGAUUCAAUUGGAUUAUUGCAAAACCUGAAAAUCCUGGAUGUCUCUAGCAACAAGAUAGCAGUCUUACCUGACACCAUUUGUCAUUGCAGAUCAUUGCUGGAAUUGGAUGUGAGCUUCAACCGCCUGACAUACUUGCCGACUAAUAUUGGAUAUGAACUGUUGAAUCUUCAGAGGCUCUCGAUCCAGUUGAAUAAGAUUGUUUCACUUCCCACAUCUAUUGGUGAGAUGAGAUCUCUGCGCCACCUGGAUGCUCAUUUCAAUGAGCUUCGUGGCCUUCCUCUUUCUUUUGGGAGAUUGACAAAUCUUGAGAUCCUCAAUUUGAGCAGUAAUUUCAGUGACCUGAAAGAACUCCCUGAAACUUUUGGUGAUUUGACAAACCUCAAGGAACUUGAUCUCAGCAAUAACCAGAUUUCUGCUUUGCCUGAUUCAUUUGGUCGGCUGGAUAAUUUGACCAAGCUCAACUUGGACCAAAAUCCUCUUGUAAUUCCGCCGCCAGAAGUUAUUAAGGAAGGGGUUGAGGCUGUGAAGAUUUUUAUGGCUAAGAGGUGGCUUGACAUACUGGUGGAGGAAGAAAGGAAGAGCAUGCUUGAAGUACAAGAACAAGCACAGGCUGGAUGGUUGACACACAGCACCUCAUGGUUGAAAACUUAUGCUUCUGGUGUUUCUGAGACCAUUUCAGGAAUCUUGAGUCCGAGAAGUCGUAGAGAUCCUUAUCUUGAUCAGCAGCUAUGA